AUGUCUUCACAAAAUCCUCCCCCAUGGCGCCGCGACGACCGGCAUCCUCAGCGAGCAGCGCCUGCACCCACAAUUCCCGCAAAACGCUCAGCGAACUCGCGGUCGCAAGACCACCCAUCCAAGCGAUCUACAAACGCGCAAGAGGAGGCAUGGGUCGCUGAUGAAGAUCGCUUCGUCCUGCAGCAAGCGAAGAAGAGGGCAGCGUUGCGGGUCAAAGGUGGCCGGGCCAAACCGAUCGACUGGCUCGCGGUCACACUUCGCUUCGUCGAUACUACCAAGGCAUUUCUGGACGAGGAAGUUGAGGAUCACGAGCUUGAUGUGGUAGAUCCAGAGGGUGUUUUCGAAGGACUUCACGACGACGAUCUGGCUGAGCUGGAGAAGGAGAUCGAGAACUAUCUCACACUAGAAACAAGCCGCAGCAACCGAGACUACUGGACUGCUUUGAAGACGAUAUGUAAAGAUCGACGACGAAAAUCCCGCGCCGAAGCUCGAGGAACCAGUUCCGUUUCUGUAGAUAUCGACCGCCUGCUAGCUCCGAAGACAUACGAACAAUUGGAGACACUGGAAGUGCAGGUGAAGAAGAAGCUGGAAUCAGAUGAGCCUAUUGACUAUGACUAUUGGGAACAACUACUGCGUAAUCUGCGAGUAUGGAAAGCUAAGGCAAAGCUACGUCGCGUCUCGCAGGAGAUACUGAAGGAGCGCUUGGAGAGUCUCCGCAAACAGCAACAGGAUACUGCGCUUUCUGUACAGAACAAAGUUCAGGCUAUGCUUGACGCGGCUCGCCAAUCAGACAAGAGCGAGGCAACUUCGCUCGCUUACGACCCGGCGCUGGAUCCGGAGCCGUUGCUCAAGCUUCAUGCGGAGGAAAAAUUAUUAGAGCAAAUUGAUGAGCGGAGGUUCCUAGACAAUAUAGUCAGGGAACGACAAAAAAUUCUCAAGCUGGGCUAUGUUCCGAUUCAGACCCGGAUUCAAGAUGUCUCGAUCAACUUACCGACAUCGAAACCCGGGCAGGCAAAUGCUUCAGCAGUAUCUCGAUUUGCGCCUGUUGAGAAGGAGGACUACUCUAAGGCCACCAUGGCGCUCUACGAGAGAGAAGUCGCCCGCGGAGUUGAGGAAGGCGAGGAGAUCUUUGCGGGCGAGGAGGAGAUCACGCUGCCCCAACCGCAAUGGGCAAGCAGAUACAAGCCUCGCAAGCCGCGGUACUUCAACCGCGUGCAAAUGGGCUACGAGUGGAACAAGUACAAUCAAACGCAUUAUGACCACGACAAUCCUCCGCCCAAAAUUGUUCAGGGCUACAAGUUCAACAUCUUCUACCCAGACUUGAUCGACAAAUCUCGCGCACCUACCUACAAGAUUGAGCGCGAGAACGGCCGCAAGCGCGGGCAGUCUUUCGCCCCAGCUGGUGAAGAUGAUACCUGCCUGAUCCGCUUCAUUGCAGGGCCACCAUACGAGGACAUCGCCUUUCGCAUAGUCGAUAAGGAGUGGGAUUAUAGCGCCAAACGAGAAAGAGGAUUCAAGAGCAGCUUUGACAAGGGAAUCCUGCAACUCCACUUUCAGUUCAAAAAGAUAUACUAUCGAAAAUAA